AUGGGAUAUCCAGCAGAUAAUUUUGAAUCUUUGUAUAGAAAUUCAUUGGAUGAGGUUUAAAGAUUUCUUAAUACAAGACAUCCAGAAAAGUAUAAGGUUUUUAAUUUGUAAUAAAGAUAAUUAAAAUUAUAAGGUGUUCAGAAAGACAAUAUAGGCAUGAUUUAUUUUAUAAAGUAGUAGAAUUUCCAUUUGAGGAUCAUUAACCACCUCCAUUUGAAAUGAUAUUGCCAUUUUGUUUGACGGUGUCUAAAUGGUUAAAGAAAAAAGAUCGAGUUGCAGCAGUGCAUUGUAAAGCAGGUAAAGGUAGAACAGGAAUGAUGAUAAGUUGCUAUUUACUUUUCUCGAAACAAUAUGAUUCAUCAAAAGACGUUUUAAAAUAUUAUGCAAUGAUUAGAACAUAGAAUUAAGAAGGAGUAACAAUACCCAGUUAAGCAAGAUAUGUUGAUUAUUUUAAUAUUGCUCUAAAAAUGAAUUUAUUGUAUAUUCCAGCAAGAACAGUUGAAUUAAUAGAAGUACGUUUAGUUGGAUUACCAAAUUUUGGAAUUUUCGGAGGAUGCUGUAAGAAUAUAAAUUAUUAAUAUUAGAGCCUUUUAUAAGAAUAUAGAAUUAAAAUAAAUAAUUAAUAUAAUAGCCAACACUGUUAACUAAUUAAGAUUAACAUAAAUAGUAUAGUGCAAUAUUCAAAUUUUAAGGAGUCUACUUAAAUGGUGAUGUUGUAAUAUAAUUUUUUCAUAAAUCAAUUGUUUUGUAAAUAUUUAAUUAAAAGAGAAUAGAGAAGAGAAAAUGUUUUAGUUAUGGUUUCAUACAUCAUUUGUGAUGAUGAGUCCAUAAAUCUAAAGUUACAGUCGGGAUGAAUUGGAUGGAACUCGUAAAGAUAAAUAAUAUAAUAAAUUUCCUUUGAAUUUUGGUUUAGAAAUUCUAUUUGAUAAAGUUGCGGCUAUUCGUAGAAGAUCAGAUUGUAUAAAAUGA